GUUAGCUCAGCUCUAGCUGUCCGAGCUAGAGGUAAAGAGAAAUGUUAGAUAGGAAACUGACAUGUUUAUGCCUGUUUACAUCUGAUCCGUUCAGAACACACUGGCAGUUCCUUCACAAUGAAUUUGCCGGUUAAACUCUGACUUGGGUCAAAUAUUUUUUCAGGCAUGGUGACUCUGAGAAAACCAUACUUGCUAGGUUUGAUUGGAACUGAACGGCAGCCAACACAAUGGGCAACGAAGAUAACCUUGAAGAUGCGUUUGUUGCUGUAAUUCGUCCGAAGAAUGCUGUCAGCCUCACCUCCAAAGAAUACAGGGCUAAAGCGUAUGAAAUACUUUUGAUAGAAGUUCCUCUGGAAGGAAAAGAGAAGAAAAGGAAGAAGGUUCUUCUAGGGACUAAAAUACACACAGGCAGUGACACUUCCAGGUCCAUCUUGGAGUAUGUUGAUGAAACAACGAAACCGAUAUCUAAUAGCCAAGGUUUCAUAGGGAAGCGUGUGGUGUACAUGAAGAAGUUUCCCCUAGAGGGGGAAAAUGCAGGGAAAGAAGCCUCUUUAUUUAUAGUGCCAAUCAAUGUCAAAGACAACAGCAAGCCCACCUACAGCCCUGGGAGCCCUAAUUUCUACUGCCUGCAGGACAUCAUGCGCGUGUGCAGUGAGACCAGCGCACACUUCUCCUCCAUCACGUCCAAAAUGCUCCUUGCCCUAGACAAGUGGCUGGCAGACCAGCACAGCGUACCCCACGCCAUCCCAGCCCUGUUCAGGCCAUCUCCGGGGGAGCGGGUGAAGACGAAUGUCAGCAACCCAGCCUACGCCCCGGAGGGCAAGCAAAGUGAGGCACCACUGCACAUGGGCUACACAGCACUGGAGAUCAAGAGCAAAAUGAUGUCGCUGGAGAAGGCAGACAUGUGCAUCCAGAACCCGCUGUAUGGCUCUGACCUGCAGUACACAAAUCGAGUAGACAAGGUGAUCAUUAACCCAUACUUUGGCUUGGGUGCUCCGGACUACUCCAAAAUCCAGAUCCCAAAGAGGGAGAAGUGGCAGCACAGCAUGAGCAGUGUGACUGAGGACAAGGAACGGCAAUGGGUGGAUGACUUCCCGCUGCAUCGCAGUGCCUGCGAGGGUGACACGGAGCUCCUCUCCAAGCUGCUGGACAGUGGCUUCUCCGUCAAACAGCUGGACAGUGACCACUGGGCCCCCAUCCACUACGCGUGCUGGUAUGGAAAGGUGGAGGCCACCAAGUUGCUGUUGGAGAAAGGGAACUGUAACCCCAACCUGCUGAAUGGGCAGCUCAGUUCUCCCCUGCACUUUGCAGCUGGAGGAGGGCACUCUGAAAUAGUACAGCUGUUGCUACAGCACCCCGAAAUAGACAGGCACAUUGAGGAUCAGCAGAAAAGGUCACCUUUGCAAGUAUGUGAAGAGAACAAGCAGAACGACUGGGAGGAAACAGUGAAGUACCUCCAGCAAGCCAACAACAAACCUUAUGAGAAGGUUCGGAUCUACCGCAUGGAUGGCUCCUACCGCUCUGUGGAGCUUAAACACGGCAACAACACGUCGGUGCAGCAGAUCAUGGAGGGCAUGCGCCUUUCGCAGGAGACGCAGCAGUACUUCACCAUCUGGAUCUGCUCCGAGAACCUGAGCCUGCAGCUCAAGCCGUACCACAAGCCCCUGCAGCACCUGCGCAUUUGGACAGAGAUCGUCACUGACCUGACAGUGCUGGACCCACAGAGAGAGACUCCGCAGCUGUUCCUGCGCAGGGAUGUCAGGCUGCCCCUGGAUGUGGAGAAGAAGGUUGAGGACCCCCUGUCCAUCCUGAUCCUGUUCGACGAGGCCCGCCACUGCCUGCUGAAGGGCUUUUAUCCAUCGCCCGACAGCAAGCUGAUCACGCUGGCCAGCCUGCUGUUGCUGAUCAUCUACGGAAAUUACGAGAGCAAGAAGCACAAGCAGGGUUUCCUCAAUGAGGAAAAUCUUAAAUCAAUUGUCCCAAUAUCCAAGGUCAAAAGCAAAGCACAUCAUUGGACGAACAGAAUUCUUCAUGAAUACAAGAGCCUCAGCACGAGCGAGGGGGUGAGCAAAGAGAUGCACCACCUGCAGCGCCUCUUCCUGCAGAACUGCUGGGACAUCCCCACGUAUGGUGCUGCCUUCUUCACUGGUCAAGUCUUCACCAAGGCCAGCUCCAGCAAUCACAAAGUCAUUCGUGUCUAUGUGGGGGUCAACACCAAAGGCCUGCACCUGAUGAACAUGGAGACCAAGGUGCUGCUCAUAAGCCUGAAGUAUGGCUCUUUCAUGUGGCAGCUGGGCCAGGCUGAUCAGUACUUCCAGAUCCACAGCCUGGAGAACAAAAUGAACUUCAUCGUACACACCAAACAGGCUGGUCUCAUUGUAAAGCUCCUAAUGAAGCUGAGUGGCCAGAUAACGCCAAAUGACAGAAGCUUAACAGACAAGUAUGCCUAUGGAUAAUUUCACUGCACCAACAUUUCCAUGAAUAUUUCGCUUUUAUUUGUAUUACAGUUUUGUUGCUGUUCGAGGAUUAAAGCAUUCCGUAAUCUGUUGUGUAAUGGUUUUCUCAGGAAGGGGAAAACAGUGUUUAAUGAAUUACAGUAUUUCAGACCUUAUUUGACUUGAGACACCAAAGCAUUAGCUUGUUUCAUUACAUCUUUUUUUCCCCCCACAUGAACACGCUUUUAUUGUAAAUCACCUGUAAUGUUUCA